AAAUGUACCGAAAUCGUAAAUUUGGAAAAGCCGCUAGAACAAAGAGUACGGAUUCAAAUGAUGGUAAAAGGCCUCUUAAUACUAUCAACGAAAAUUCAACUAUCAAAAUUCCGCGCCUUAAUAAUGAAGAGGACAGAGGCAAAGACAACGAUGUCGACGAUUUGGAUGAAAUGUUUAGUAGCGAGGAAAACAUACCAGCAUCCCAAGAACCUACUCAAAGAUAUUUGUCUCAGCGAAGCACUAUUGCUGCUACCUUGGGCCGGACGCAGUCCAGAAUAAAUAGUUCCCAAAGACCUCCGAAUACAUAUUUCGAACUGGUAUUAAUGAAGGCCGGUGUACAAUUGAACGAAGGAGAUAAUUUUGUUUUGUCUUGUGACCACGUAGCAUUUGUUGGCAAAUUACGAGAACAACUUGAUAGAAAUAAAAAUUUCAAAGAUAACUUCGAAAUGUUUAAAAAUGGCUUGCGUGAUUCCUGGUCCAGAUUUGCCCUUAAGCUUCUAACUGGCUGCACCAUAAGUAUACCGGGUGAAGAAAGCGUCUAUCAGUCUCAGGAUAGUAUGAUUGUGAACUUUUUUAUGAUUGAUUGUUUACGAGAUCGUGUUUUGGAUUUGCUCUUGGACAAAAUCGAAAAUAUUGCCUGUAAUAAAGCUACGACCAGCUCAACAGCGGCAAUUGUUCCACUAUUACCAUUGAUGUUGGCCCAAUUACAGUAUGUUGCAAAUACCCAUAGUGAUGUUAUCUAUGAACGUAUGAAAAAGGUUUUUGAGAAAGCCACGGAAAAUGCGAAAUGGGAUAUCAUAGCAAAUGCUGAGCUGAUAUUAAGUCCUACUAAACAUGAUGAUUUUGCCAAACUUUUGAUGGAAUCCAUUGCAAAUAGCGCGGAAUUGUUCAAAAGUGUAAAUAUACAAACUUUGACUAACCUCAAUCUAUCGGCGUAUACACAAGAGAAGUUAAGAGCUAAGAUAUUGGCAUAUAUUAAAGGCGGACAAUGUCCCAAGAAGGUUCUUCCUCUUCUAAUUAAAUUUCUACUUAAAAUUCUUAUGGAAGACAAUGAUGAUAGCAUGAAGGAGCUAGUGACCACACUAAGAGAAAUUCUCAAUUGGAAUGAUAAUGAUGAAACAACUUUGGCAAAUGACAAACAACUGCAAUUGGAACUAUUUUCCUACAUAGAACAGGGUUUUACACGUUCCAAGAAGUUCUAUUCCAUAUGGCAAAAAACCAUAGCAUCUUUAAAAUCUAUUCAUUUCAAAGCUAUUGAUUUUACAAUAAUAUUGUUAUUGUUACACAUAAAAGAAGACAAUUCGUUGUAUAUAGAAAAUAUGUUACGUCGCCAUAUCAGGCAGAUAUCGACUUCAUUGGUUCAAGAAAUUCGAAAGAAAUAUGCUCCAAUGCUAGAACAACAUUGGAAUAUUUUGAUGCAAAUCAUAAAUUGUUUUCUACGAGACAAACACAAACCAGUGGUGGAUUUUGCAAGAGUCGCCUGUGGCUCCUUUUUUGAUAUCUCGGAAUCUGUUCAGAAGCUUAUAUUGAAAAAAUUAUUGGAAUUGACUUGCGAAAAGUCCAAUCAGAAUACAACAAAUUUUGCCUUGCAAAUGUUACGAGAUCUAUGGCAGUUGUAUCCAAAAAUUCUACAUAACUGGGGCAUGUUAUUACUGCCUUUCUUAGAUCACAUUCAUGAAAUGUCAUUAUCACAAACUCGUAUUGUCAUGGAAUUAUUAUCAUCUAUUGCAUUUCCUGCACCUACAUUGGAUGAAUGUACCACAUUGCAAGAUCAAAUAGAUAUGUUGAUUAAAAAGCAGAUUAUAAAUCGAAAUAAUUCGGUCAAGAAACAGGGCAUUAUAAGUGCUGUACAAUUAAUCGAUUGUAUAGCACGCGUCGAGGAAUGUGUCAUACAAGCUGAAGACUUUGAAACUACAUUCAAUACUGUAAGUGAUUUGCCAGAUGGUAGAGGUAAAAUAGCAGCAAACUAUAUGGUGCGCAUACAAUCCUCGACCAUGAAUUCUCCCGAAUGUUUAGCUUUGUUCUACGAUGAAUUAGCGAAUGUAUGCUCCGCUGGCGGAGAAGAUCGUGCAAAUGGUCUACACUUGGAUAUUCCAUUUGUUAUUUGGUUAUGUGAACUUAUGACAUAUUAUUUUCAAAAUAGCUUCGUAGCUGAGCAUAAUCCAGAACCCAUACACGGCAUAAACUUAAUGUAUAUGAAAUGUAUCAAUUCACCCAUAGAUGCAAAUACCGAAGAAAGCGAACUACCUCAAAUUGCCAUAAAUAUUGCAGAGUUGGUUUUAAAGCCAAGUAAUGAAGCUAUUUCAUCCAUCCUGGUAUUGUCGCCACUUUUCAAUUUAGUGCGUGUUCUGCACAUGCAACGCUAUGAAGGAAGUUUAGAAAUCAUCAAUGCCCUAUUGGGAUGUGCCAUCAUAUUGCCAAGUUUUUUCGACGAUCCUAAUCUAGAUGCCAUUUUCUAUGACUACGAUGAGUCCAUGCAAAAGAAGAUACUUGAUAUAUACUUUCAUUGUGUCAAUUGGAUACGGGAAACAGUGAGCUCCUUUGCUACACAACGUGAAAAUAUGAUACGCAAGAAGGUGUUACAGCGUUUAGCUGAGCUAAUAAGCAUUGAAGACAAAAUCAGGGAAUUAAUCCAAAAAGCACCGCGGGACUAUAUGCCGCCACAGUGUCACUUCAUAAAUGACAAUUUAUUGGCAAAUAGUAAAACUGCUGGUGGUGGCGGUGGCAGAGGACGUCCUGCCACUACUGCUGGAACUAACAAAAGGGGUAACAAGACUAAAGUAGUAGUUCACCCAGAGAGCCAAUCCACGACUAUGAAUGAAACGGAAUUAAAUGACACUGCGAUGGUAACUCGAGUGGCUGAUGUUACCAACAAACUAGCGGUAUCGAAUAAAGCAAAAACUAUUUCAAAAAAUAAUUUUGAAAAUCUAUACGGGCCCAAAGAGAUUUAUAGGCAAAUGGAUACCAAUAUCAUUUUGGUCUUAAAGGAGAAACUUAACAUAAAAUAUCCCUUACCCACUGAAUGCGUAGGUGAGGAAAUGGGCCUAUUGGAGCUGCGAUUUAUACUCACGGACUUAGUGAGUAAACUAGAGUCUGUGGUUGGCAUACAAAAAUUUCAAACCGAACAACCCCUACAAUAUAUUGCCAAACCAGGAGAUUUUAUGUGUGACAUAUCCGAAUUUAUUUCCAUUGUGGGCAAUAAUAUGAAAAUUAUAUCGAAUGCCAUUAAUUCAAAAUUAGAGGAAGUCCAACGUGUCUAUAGCCAUGCAGACCUAUUUACGAAUGAAUUCAAUCUUUUGAAGGUUUGCUUUGGCUUAUGCUUACGUCUGUUGGUGGCCUAUUUUUCUUGGUCCGAAUGGUUCGUAAGCGAACAGCGCAUCAACAAAUUAAAAGAGUCUCUUUUAGUUUGCCUUGAUCGCAAAAUGUAUCAAAAUUUAAAGUCAAAAUCUAUUGGCAUAAUAACUCCCGAAGUUUUCCAAGUUUUUCUAUCCUAUGAAACAGCGGUGGUUGAUUUAAAAUCGGCUGUUUAUCUCUAUCAAUUAAUGGUUAAUUUGAAUGUGUUAUCCGAUAAAGAUGUGAAGCCCAAACAAUUCCAAGCAAUACGUUCUUUGUGUCGCACUCUGCUAUGUCGUAAAUGGUUUAAUUAUGAGGGUCUACUCGAGAAGGGCGCCCAAUGCAAUGUGUAUUUGGAUGAAUUGGUAAAGGGAUUCUUGCGAGAAUCAGACUUUAAAAGACAAAAUGAGAUAUUGCGUGCUGUGUGCGAAGAGUGCAAAAACCUAAAUGGCAAAGACACUUCCCUAAAAUCUUUUCCAAAUUUCAAAAAAGCAAAUUUCCCUCUUUUCUUUCGGGGUUUGUGUGAGAUUCUUAUAACGUCUCUUAACGACAAAGUCACCACCAACACAUUAAAAUCAACGGAUAAACUCGAGUUUUGGGAAUCUAGCUGCAAGCUACUGAAUAAGCUACUGGAGAUACUGCAAGGAUUAGAUAUACCGAGAAAUUUUCAAAUAUACCUUAAAUACUCCCACUUAUAUUUAAAAUUGGUGCUUCAGCAUGGAUUGCCUGUGUUUGAACAGUAUUUGAGAAAAAAUCCCGAACGUGUGUGUGAUCUGAUUAAAACUAUGCAGACCACCACCAGAUAUCUGCAUCACUUAUGCUGUCAUUCCAAAGCCAUUAAAAAUACGGCUAUUGUUAGCCAAAUUCCUUUCCUAAGAGAGACUGUUGAGAAUUAUGUAUUUCGUAUCAAAGCCUUGCUUACAGCCAAUAAAUGUGCUUCCGUAUUUUCCAUGGGCAACUUGAAAAAUAAAGAUUUGCAUGGAGAUGAUUUAAUAUCACAGUCCGCUUCCUUGAGUACAGCCACUGGCCAAGAUAGUGAUGAGGAAAUCCCCGAAGAUGAUGUAAGUGUAGACGAAACAGUUGCAGGAGGCGAUGAUUCAGAAAAUUCACGAAAUGAACGAAGUAAAUCCUCUUCAAGAAGCAAAUGUUUUUAAGUUCUUAUGUUCAAUGUUAAAUUAUGCUUAUACAUAUACAAACAUACAUAUAUAGUAGCAUGUAAGUGGCAUAUUAAAAUGACAUAUACCUCGUA